AUGGCUUCCAAUGCUCAAUCCUUCCGCCAAACCAUUGGCAUUCCUCGUUCGACAGCCUCUGUCAAAGACUCCACUCUGAUUAUCAUCGAUGCGCAAAAUGAAUACGCCUCGGGCCAGCUGAAGGUCGAAGGCGUGGCGGAGAGCCGCAAAGUCAUCGCCGACCUACUGUCUCGGUAUCGCAACGGUGGCGACGGCUCCAAUAUCGUUCACGUGGUCCACGAAGUGCCGGCCGGUGCUCCUGUGUUCACUCCGGGCACUGCGUUAGCAGAAGAGUUCGAGGAGCUGACACCAAGGCCCGGUGAGAAGAUCGUAACUAAGAACUUCCCGAGCUCUUUCGCUAAGACUGACCUCCACGAUUACUUGAUCGGCUUGGGAGACCUGGGCAAGAAGAUUGUCCUAGUCGGAUAUAUGGCACAUGUGUGUAUUUCCACUACUGCCAGAGCUGGCAGUGAAUUGGGCUACGAUGUGGUUAUUGUGAAGGAUGCGGUGGGCGAUCGUCAUAUCCCUGGUGUUGAGGCCGAGCAAUUGGUGGCGGUAGCUCUCAACGAGAUGGGCUAUGGAGGAGGCCUCACAAACAAGUAA